CCUCACUCCACUACCACCAUCAUCUCCAUCUAAUCUCCCGUUAAACACAUCUGUGCAAAAAUGGUUGCCAUUCCAAAGGGAAAGCAGAACGUCCUCGCCAAGACUGACGACGAUGUCGUCAUCGUCUCGGCGCUCCGGACGCCCAUCACCAAGGCCAAGAAGGGCGGUCUUGCCCAGGCCUGCCCCGAGGACAUGCUCGGCCACGUUCUCAAGGGUGUCAUCGCUCAGUCCAAGAUCGACCCCAAGCUCGUUGAGGACGUCGCUGUCGGCAACGUCCUGCCUCCCGGUGGCGGUGCCACUGUUGCGCGAAUGGCCACCCUCUGGGCGGGUAUUCCCAACACGGCUGCCGUCAACACGCUCAACCGCCAGUGCUCGUCGGGUCUCGCCACCGUCAACCAGAUUGCCAACCAGAUCGCCCUCGGCCAGAUCGACGUUGGUAUUGGUGCCGGCGUGGAGAGCAUGACGCAGAACUACGGUGCUGGUGUCAUGCCCGAGAAGUUCUCGGACGAGGUCAUGGCCAACGAGGAGGCGGCCGACUGCCUGAUGCCCAUGGGUAUCACCUCGGAGAACGUGGCAAAGGAGUACAACAUCUCGCGCCAGAAGCAGGACGAGUUUGCCGCAAAGUCGUUCGGAAAGGCUGCCAAGGCCCAGAAGGAUGGCAAGUUCAAGAGCGAGAUUGUCGCCGUCAAGUACACCGACGACGACGGCAACGAGCGGACGGUCGACCAGGACGACGGCAUCCGCGAGGGCGUCACCGCCGAGUCGCUCGGCAAGCUCAAGCCUGCCUUUGACAAGAACGGUUCGACGCACGCCGGCAACGCCUCGCAGGUCAGCGACGGUGCCGCCGCCGUGCUCCUCACCCGCCGAAGCGUGGCCAAGAAGCUCGGCCUGCCCAUCCUGGGCAAGUACGUCACUGGCGCCGUUGUCGGUGUCCCGCCCAAGAUCAUGGGUGUCGGUCCGGCCUACGCGAUCCCCCGCGUCCUCGAGCUUACCGGCCUGUCCAAGGACGACAUUGACAUCUACGAGAUCAACGAGGCCUUUGCUUCGCAGGCCGUCUUCUCGGCCGAGAAGCUCGGACUCGACUUCAACAAGGUCAACCCCGUCGGCGGUGCCAUUGCCCUGGGCCACCCUCUUGGCUGCACAGGCUCGCGACAGAUUGCCACGGGCCUGGCCGAGGCCAAGCGCGAGAAGAAGCAGCUCCUCGUCACCUCCAUGUGCGUCGGCUCCGGCAUGGGAAUGGCUGCUGUCAUUGUCAACGAGCAGUAGAUAUCUUUGUCUCCCUUUCAUAGCUUAUGUCCUCUUCAUAGGUCAUUAUUUAAAAGAAUUUUGUGCAUUCCAGAGCCUCGGCGCAUGAUGAAAAUCGAGGAAGAGAAAGACUGU